UUGGAAAUGAACAGAAAAAAAAAGUUGGAUGACCUUACUUUAAAACUUCUAGUCGGAAAAGUCCUGCCAUUGAGUUUAGUCAGUAACCGCCACUUUCAAACCUUGAUAAAGGAGUUGAAUCCAAGUUAUGAUUUGCCAUCAAAACACGACAUCAACAAAGCUUUGCUAAAAAAGGAGGUAGACAUGGUUGAAAAACUAAAAAAAGACUUGCCAUCCAUUUCUAAAGGGGGUUUUGUAGCAAUAACACACGACGGAUGGACAAGCUGUGCCACCCAGAGUUAUGAUACAAUUACAGUUCACUUUAUUAAUGCCAACUGGGAACUGCGAAGUGCUGUUCUUCAAACACGUAAGGUAGAGGGUUCCCACACAGCUGAGAACAUUGCUGCUAAACUUAAAGAAGCUGUUAUCCACUGGAAUCUCCCACCUCCUAUUGUUGUAACAGACAAUGCGGCAAAUGAAGUCAAAGCUGUGCAGAUUCUUGGUUGGGAGCGAUUUGGUUGCUAUGGUCACCGCAUUAAUCUAAUAGUAAAACAUUCCCUUCAAGUUCCUGAAGUUGCUAGGAUAGUCGGUAAAACAAGAAAACUAGUUGGUGUGUUUCAUCAGUCUACAAGUGUUAACGAUUGUUUGCUUGAAAAACAGAGAACAAUAUAUCAGAACAAUGUAUCAAUUAUUGGACACAAACUUAUUCAAGAUGUUCCUACGCGCUGGAAUAGCUGUUAUGAUAUGUUGGAAAGGGUUGUUGAACAGAGUGCAGCUAUUUUUGCUGUCGCGAGUGAUGACAAAUUAAGCCAGACAGCUUCUAAUAAUGUAAAAACUUACUGUUUGACUUUUGAUGAACAUAGCACUGUAGAGGGAUUAUUACAGUUGCUAUUACCGUUUAAAAAAGCAACAUCUAUCCUCUGUGCUGAAAAUGCUCCGACCAUAAGUAAGGUAUUGUUGUGCAUGGCAAAAAUUAAUGACAUCAUAAACUCAAAAACUUUUUCACCUACAAUUAUGAAAGUUGUUACUGUAAUGAAACAACAACUACAGAAAAGGACUGAUCUCGAGGACAUUUCUGUUAUGGGGGCCAUGCUUAACCCUGACCUAAAAUCAGGUUCCUUUUUGUCUGAUGAACAAAAGCACCAAGCACAUAAGUUGCUUUUAGACAAAUGUAUUUCAUUGUUUGGCUCACAUGGGACUGUCCCUGGUGGUUUUGUAAAAACAGAAAAUGAUGAUGCUAGUGAAACACAAACAGCAACAAGCUCCUCUGUCCUUCCUGAACUUCCUAGCCUACCUGAACUUCCUAGCCUACCUGAACUUCCUAGCCUACCUGAACCAAAUGUUGAUGAGAAUCACAACUUUUCUUCUCCUGAACCCCCAACUAAGAAAAUAAAGUGCUCUGACUAAGAAGAAUGGUUCGAUGAUGUUAUCAUUACUGGGCAGUCUCAACACCAGUGUCUAGUUUAGUUGAGCAGGAAGUUGCCCGCUACCUGUCAUCGCCCAGUAACAACUCUGAUGAUGUAAAUCUC